AUGGCGGUGGACCCCGCUGACCAGUACAGACUCGACUUUUCCUUCGGCAACUGCCAGCACACCUGGAACCGGUGCCCAUUCGGCUACUUGAACUCACCAUCAGAGUCUACCAUCUUUCCCCACAAAGCCCUGAGCGACGCGGCCGCCGGCAGCAGCCUCAUCUAUCUUGUGACCGACAAAGGAAUGACAGUGGACCCGGAGAAGGUCAAAGGUCAUUCCCAUGUCAUGGACAAAGCUGAAGAUGAUGAGGCAGAACACCAAGCCAAGCUGGGAUCGUGUGUGGUCCAUGCCGCCACCCGCCGUCAGGCCAGGGAGACACCAGGGAGCGCCAACGCGCAGACCCUCCACCUGGGACGGAACCCGGGUGACAAUGACCUGAUCACGACGCAGGAGCAGGACCUCAGCUCCCAGGUUCUCCGUGGAGGCUCCGCCCCUCAGCAUCAAACACAUCUGGACUCCAUCUUUAUGCUGCUGGAGGACAACAUGGUGGCUUUCAUGAAGAAGGAGCUGAAGAAGAUGAAGAAGCUCCUGAGUUCAGAUUACCCAGCAUGCUCAGAGAGUGAGACAGAGGAUGAGGAUGAAGAGCAGAGGAGCAGCAGAGAGUCAUUAGUGAGGAUGACUCUGGACUUCCUGAGGAGGAUGAAGCAGGAGGAGCUGGCUGAGCGUCUGAGGAGCAGAACUUCUGCUGGAGUUUUCCAAAAGAAGCUGAAACGUGGCCUGAAGAAGAGGUUCCAGUGUGUGUUUGAAGGAGUCUCUAAAGCAGGAGAGUCCAUCUUCCUCAACCAGAUCUACACAGAGCUCCACAUCACAGAGGGAGGGGCUGCAGAGGUCAACCAGGAGCAUGAGGUCAGACAGAUUGAAGCAGCAUCCAGGACAGCAGACAGAGCAGAGACAAGCAUCACACCAGGAGACAUCUUUAACGCGUCACCUGGAAGACCUCAGCCAAUCAGAACAGUGCUGACAAAGGGAGUGUCUGGCAUUGGGAAAACAGUCCUGACUCAGAAGUUCACUCUGGACUGGGCUGAAGACAAAGACAACCAGGAAGUCCACUUCAUAUUUCCAUUCACCUUCAGAGAGCUGAAUGUGCUGAAGGAGAAGAAGUUCAGCUUGGUGGGACUUGUUCAUCACUUCUUCACUGAAACAGAAGAAGCAGGACUCUUCAGCUUUGAAGACCUCCAGGUGGUCUUCAUCUUGGACGGUCUGGAUGAGUGUCGACUCCCUCUGGACUUCGACCACAAUAAGAGCCUGACUGACAUUAGAAAGCCCACCUCAGUUGAUGUUCUGCUGACAAACCUCAUCAGGGGGAAUCUGCUUCCCUCUGCUCGCCUCUGGAUCACCACACGACCUGCAGCAGCCAAUCAGAUCCCUGCUGACUGUGUGGACAGGGUGACAGAGGUCCGAGGGUUCACUGACCCCCAGAAGGAGGAGUAUUUCAAGAAGAGGUUCAGAGAGGAGGAGCAGGCCAGCAGGAUCAUCUCCCACAUCAAGACCUCCCGAAGCCUCCACAUCAUGUGCCACAUCCCGGUCUUCUGCUGGAUCACUGCUACAGUUCUGGAGAAGGUGUUGAAGAGCAGAGAGGGAGGAGAGCUGCCCACGACCCUGACUCAGAUGUACAUCCACCACCUGGUGGUCCAGGCCAAAGUCAAGAAGGUCAAGUAUGAUGGAGGAGCUGCCACAGAUCCACACUGGAGUCCAGAGAGCAGGGAGAUGAUGGAGUCUCUGGGAAAACUGGCUUUUGAGGAGCUGCAGAAAGGAAACCUGAUCUUCUAUCCAUCCGACCUGACAGGGUGUGGAAUCGAUCUCAGCGCAGCCUCAAAGUACUCAGGAAUGUUCACACAGAUCUUUAGAGAGGAGAGAGGCCUGUACCAGGACAUGGUGUUCUGCUUCAUCCAUCUGAGCCUUCAGGAGUUUCUGGCUGCUCUUCAUGUCCAUCAGACCUUCAUCAACUCUGGAAUCAACCUUCUCAAAGAGAAACAAACAACCAUUCAACAAUCUCCACAACAGCCUCAGCUCAGCCGUCUCCAUCAGAGAGCAGUGGACGAGGCCUUGAAGAGUCCAAAUGGACACCUGGACUUGUUCCUCCGCUUCCUCCUGGGUCUUUCACUUGAGACCAAUCAGAGUCUCCUUCGAGGUCUGCUGACACAGACAGGAAGUAGCUCACAGACCAAUCAGGAAACAGUGCAGUACAUCAAGAAGAAGCUGAGUGAGAGUCUGUCUGCAGAGAGAAGCAUCAAUCUGUUCCACUGCCUGAAUGAACUGAAUGAUGGUUCUCUGGUGGAGCAGAUCCAACAGUCCCUGAGGUCAGGACACCUCUCCACAGACAAACUGUCUCCAACUCAGUGGUCAGCUCUGGUCUUCAUCUUACUGUCAUCAGAAGAAGAUCUGAAGGAGUUUGACCUGAAGAAAUACUCUGCUUCAGAGGAGGCUCUUGUGAAGCUGCUGCCAGUGGUCAAAGCCUCCAGCAAAGCUCUGUUGAGCAGCUGUGGUCUGUCAGAGAGAAGCUGUGGAGCUCUGUCCUCAGUUCUCAGCGCUCAGUCCUCCAGUCUGACACAUCUGGACCUGAGUAACAACGACCUGCAGGAUUCAGGAGUGAAGCUACUGUCUCUUGGACUGGAGAGUCCUCACUGUAAACUGGAAGCUCUCAGUCUGUCAGGGUGUCUGGUCUCAGAGGAAGGCUGUGCUUCUCUGGUCUCAGCUGUGAGAUCCAAGUCCUCCCAUCUGAGAGAGCUGGACCUGAGCUACAACCAUCCAGGAGACUCAGGAGUGGAGGAGCUGUUUGCUGCAGUGGAGGAUCCCCAGUGCAGUUUGGAGACUAUCAGGGUGGACCAUGGUGGACAGCAGAGGCUCAAACCUGGUCUGAGGAAGUAUUUCUCUCAACUUCAACUGGAUGAAAACUCAAUGAACAGAAACCUCAAACUGUCCAACAACAACAGGAAGGUGACACAUGAGUGGGGAGAGCAGCCGUAUCCUCAUCAUCCAGACAGAUUUGAUGUCUAUAAACAGCUGCUGUGUGGAAAUGAUCUGAGUGGUCGAUGUUACUGGGAGGUCGAGUGGAGCGGAGGUGUUGACAUAUCAGUGAGUUACAGAGGAAUCAGAAGGAAAGGAGGCAGUGAUCAGAGUAGGUUUGGAGGGAAUGAUCAGUCCUGGAGUCUGAGGUGCUCUGCUUUCGGUUACUCUGUCUCGCACAAUAACAGAGACACAUUCAUCUCCUCCUCCUCCUCCUCCUUCUCCAGGUCUGGUAGAGUAGCAGUGUAUGUGGACUGUCCUGCUGGCUCUCUGUCCUUCUUCAGAGUCUCCUCUGACUCUCUGAUCCAUCUCCACACCUUCAACACCACAUUCACUCAACCUCUAUCUGCUGGAUUCAACCUCUGGUCCCCUGGUUCUUCAGGAGGAGGAGGGGCCUCUCAGAAGGUGGGAGGGGCCUAUCAGAAGGUGGGAGGAGUUUAG